AUGGCGUCCAUCAGCCAGCUGUCGCUGGCUGGCCUCAUCGCGCGCUUGAAGGAGGUGGACUACAUCAAAGGCAUCAAAAGCCCCGACGACGAGCAGGCAGCAGUGCUGGCCACUGAAGCAGAGGUGAAGAAGGCCCUCUUCGAAGAGCUUCAGGCGGCCAGCUCUGGCCUAACUUCCUUCGAGAAGCGGGUGGCCAAGGAGUUCCUGCAGAAUCAGAUCAAGUCCGUCGAUGUCAGUGCCAAAGGCGGGGAAGCCAAGCGCACCAAGCUCCAGGAGCUGCUCUCGAACGUGGAGACAGCGACCUCCAAGGAUGACCCGCCCCACCUGCGCCGCGCCAAGGCGGACUUGUCCAAGGCCGAGAAGGCAUUCGAGGAGAUCAGCAAGAACUACGAGCGAUGGGAGAAGGGCAAGAAGAUGUUGUCGGUGGAUGAGAUCAAAGUCCUGAAGCGAUCCUACGAAGAAGGCAAGCAGAAGAUGGAAAAGGCCAAGGAGCUGUUGCAGGAGCAACAACUUCGACGAGCAGAGGCUGCAGUCGCACCCCUGCAGGAGGAGAAAGAGAGGGGCGCCGCGGCGGUGGCCAUGGAAGCGAAGCUGGCGAGAGCUGCCAAGGCGAAGGCAAGCCGAGCUCCACCAGCAACAAGCAAGGCACAAGGCUAUCCAGCGCCCAAGCAAAUGGCUGGCCUGCGACAAGCGCAACUUGCAGCGCAGGUUCGGGCUGAGGCGAUGGAGGAACGGGCCCCGGCGCCGGCACCGGCGCCGGCGCCGGUAAGACGGGCGCCGCCACGGGAGUCUCCCGUGGAGGCACCGGUGUUGUCCUACGCCUGCACGUGCACGGCUGUGGCAGAGCACCUCGGGGUGUCGGAGGCGAAGGCGCGUGACCUGGCCAUGUCCAGCGCAGAGUUCGCAGUGCACUUCGACCCGGAGACCUGGCAGGCCAUCCAGGACCGGUCAUUGGCCAUCGAAAAGGCCAACCGCGAGAAGCAACGAGAGCUUGAGCGCCGGAAGCAGGAACGAGCCUUGGCCAAGGCGGGGCUUUGA